UUUUAAUUGAUACAUUUAUUUUUUUCAUUGCUUUGGAUAAACCAUCUUUAAGAAGAUGGAAAUAAGUGAAGAGGAUUAUAAAUUAGCAAAAGAAGCUCAUGUCUCGAAUUGCACAGGUGGCAGUAUUCAGGAGAUUAACAUAAUAUGUGCUUCUAUCAUUGGUUCACACAUGUUAUGGACAUCACUUGUACAUUCAAAUGUAAUUCAAAAGGAUUCAUUUAUGCCUGAGUUUAUCAUUUAUAUCAUUCCAGUCUUAGCUUGUUUAACAGUAGCAUCUGAUUAUGCAAGUUGGAUAACAACGGGUAUGGUUACUAUGGCAUUAUUUCUCCAAUCUUCAAUCAAAUCAAAGCCCACUAUUGGAGGUGAAUACAAGCCAUAUUUGACAGUUUACAGGGCAGGCACAAUGAUUUUAACCUGUAUUGCCAUUUUGGCUGUUGAUUUUCAAUUUUUUCCUCGCCGUUUUGCUAAAGUAGAAACAUUUGGUACAUCUUUGAUGGAUCUGGGAGUUGGAAGUUUUGUAUUUUCUUCAGGUGUGGUUGCAUCAAGAGCUUAUGCUUCAUUCUCAAAAGUGGGCCAUAAUUUAAUGAAAUCCUUUCGAUCUGCUUUUCCUAUUUUGGUUUUAGGCUUUGCACGACUCUUUUUAACAAAGAGUGUAAAUUAUCAGGAACAUAGCUCAGAAUAUGGCCUUCAUUGGAAUUUUUUCUUUACUUUGGGAUUUUUACCUCCAUUUGUAACCUUGAUCAGUUCCUUGCGGACAAGAUGGUUAUCAUUUUCUUGGUUGGGUUUCUUGGUUGCAUGUGGAUAUCAAACUGCAUUAAUAAAAUUUGGUUUACAAGAAUGGAUACUGAAUGCACCACGUGUAAAUCUUUUAAGCGCGAACAAGGAAGGGAUUUGUAGUUCGAUGGGCUAUCUUUCCAUCUUUUUAUUUGGGCUUGAAUGUGGCAAUUUAAUAUUUAGCACCAGCAAUAAUACAUGGUUAUCACGCAUUAUUAAAGAUAAAAACUAUUUAUUACUUGCUCGUUUAGUUACUUACAGCUUUAUUAUGUGGACUAUUUUUGGUAUUUGGGAUUAUUCAUUUCCUCAACUUUAUGUUUCUAGACGUUUGGCCAACUUACCAUAUGUACUUUGGGUAGUUGCCUUUAAUUUUUCAUUUUUAUCACUGCUUGUUCUAAUCGAGCAUAAAAUGGGUGUAACCGAACGUGGUCCUCCCAUGCUAGAUUCUGUUAAUAUGAACGGCUUGUUUACAUUCUUAUUAGCAAAUGUAUUAACGGGAAUUAUCAAUUUGACAAUAAGAACUUUAUAUGUAGACGUUUUUUUUUCUAGUCUUAUUAAUAUCUUCUAUAUGCUUAUUGUCGUAUUUAUACCUUGGCUACUAUGGAAACAUUAUAAAAUAAGAAUUAAAUUUAGUUCAUAGUCAUUAGAAUAAAAUAAUAAUAUGAUAAUGGAAA